AUGAAGGUAUUAUCGGAGGACCGUACGAAGAAACUGUUUGAAAAAUUGACAAAAUAUAUCGGAGUAAACGUUAAACUUCUAAUAGAUCGACCAGACGGCACAUACUGCUUCAGAGAAAAGAAGGACAGGGUAUAUUAUAUAUCUGAGAGAUUGUUACAAUUAGCCCAAACAGUGAAACCUGAUCAUUUGAUAUCCGCUGGUACAUGUUUCGGUAAAUUCACCAAAACAAAUAAGUUUCGGUUGCAUAUAACAGCAUUGACGUAUAUAGCGCCGUACGCUAAUUACAAGAUAUGGGUUAAACCAUCGGCAGAACAGCAAUUUUUAUAUGGACAUCAUGUUAUCAAAAGUGGACUCGGUAGAAUAACUGAAAACACACCGAAACACCAAGGAGUUGUUAUAAACACAAUGUCGGAUAUACCAAUAGGUUUCGGAGUAGCUGCUCGAUCUACCACAGAAUGUAGGCACGCGGAUCCUUUAGCAACAAUCGCCUUCCACCAGGCAGACAUCGGUGAAUAUAUUAGAUCAGAAGAUACUUUAGUUUGA